AUGUUCCACAGUCCACAUGGCACAGUCCAAAGGACCGCCGGUCCGGAAUCCGGAUCUCGCUCCAAGGAUCAUGAGCCUCCAAAAACUAUCCCGAGCGAGCCGCUCCCCUUGGCGCCGGCUGGAGGUGUCUGUCUGUCCAAGAAGAGAAAAACACCGGCCAGUCCGCCGACCGCCCUCGCAUCACGCUCGACAACCUCUUCGAGUCUUGCCUACGCCAGUGUCGCCAUCGUCGUCGUCGACACCGCUCCCGCACGCACAAAGGCCCUGCCUGGACAGUCAAUCGCAACCGACUCUGACCCCCCAAUUCCCACACGCGCUAUGCCCUCGUCUGAAAACGGUGCCGCCAUGACGGCAAAGAGCAUGGACGGAUUCACGCUCGACGGCUGCAAAGGUUCCACGGUGACCUUUGAUGCCAGGGUCAACUCGGUCCUAGAAGCCAACAGCCCCGAGCAGCGGCUCUUGGAGCUUCGACUUGGAGAGAGGGCAUUGCAAGCUUUUGUUGACGCUACGGCCAUUCCAGAGGCGGUGUGGAACAGGGCGCGCGACUUGACGCCCGAAUCCAUCAUCAGAGUGACGGGCCAUGUUCAAUCGGGCCGUGUCUGUGUUACGAACCUGGAUGUCAUCGCCUACGCGUCUCCAAACCUUCCUCCAUGCCGCUCCCACAGCCUUGGGCUCGAGGCACGGCUCAGUCACCGCAUCCUCGACGUGCGGCGUGCCGCUUCCGGGGCCAUGUUUAAGCUUCAUUCCGCCAUGUGCCAGCUCAUUGUCGAGUUCCUCUGCUCCAACGGCUUCCAUUGGAUCCAUACACCGCGUAUCAUAACCGCCACCAUCCCCGGCGACAACGAGUACUUUCACCUGCCCUACUUUGGUAAGGAUGCCUGGCUGGCCCAGAGCUCGCAGCAUCACAAGCAGAUGGCUCUGUCCAUGGACAUGCAGCGUGUCUUUGAGAUUGGCCCCGUGUUCCGCGCCGAGGUCAAGUCUAGCAAGUCUAUGAGGCACAUGACUGAGUUCACCGUCUUGGACAUUGCCAUGACUUUCGAGGACGACUACCACGAGGUGGUCGACUUGGUCGAGUCCAUGCUGCUAUUUGUAUUUGGGGCUCUGCAGGAGCGCAGACCGUACGGGCAGCUCGUCCAAGUUGUCAAAGACGUCUAUCCCGGUGCCAGGCCCUUCCGGAUCGGUCUGGAUGAGCACGGCAAAGUCCCGCGCGUCACCUUUCUCGAGGCCAAGCGCAUUCUGAGGGAGGAGCUUGGUCUCGAAUCGGACGACGGCAAGAAUUUCACCGAUCAAGAGGAAGCCGCCCUUGGCCGGCACUUUCUCGAGUCCAGCCGUCUUGGAAACACAGACGUCUUCACCAUUGAGCGGUAUCCCGCGUCCAUGCGCCAGUUCAACUCGCAGGCCAGCCCGGAUGCGCCGGGGCUCUCCAACACGUGGGACACGAUUGUCGGCGGGCGAGAGGUCUGCUCCGGCAGCCAGCGCAUCAACUCAUACGACGAGUUGCGCGAGGCCAUGCGUGCCGGCAUAUGUGGCCCGCCCAUGGACCCCGACGCCGACAAGUGGCAGCCGUACCUUGCUGCCUUCAAGACGGGCAUGCCGCGACACGGCGGCUGCGGACUGGGCGUCAACAGGCUGCUGCAGGGAUUCCUGGGGUUGGAUGACGUCCGCGAAGUGACGCUGUUCCCGAGGGACGUGAAUACGUUGACGCCGUAG